AUGUCUUUCCUUGACUCUACCAUGCGCGUCCCUACGCAGGCAUCGAGGUGUUGGCGGACAGCACGAUACUUUAUACGCAACCAGCGAAAGCAAAAUCUCCUGCUGGCACGGUCCUUCUCAUCGACCCUCGGCCGCAAUGAAAUCAACAAGGUGGUGCCGUCGGCGGCGGAGGCCAUCAAGGACAUGAAAUCCGACAGCAUCGUGCUCUGUGGAGGGUUUGGUCUUUGCGGUGUCCCCGACACGUUGAUCAACGAGGUGGCCAAGACGCCGUCGAUCACUGGGCUGACGGCGGUGUCGAACAAUGCCGGGAUCCCCGGGGCCGGGCUCGGGCAGUUGCUGGAGAGCCGACAGGUCAAGAAGAUGAUUGCCAGCUACGUGGGCGAAAACAAGGUGCUGGAGCGCAUGUAUCUGACGGGCGAAUGUGAGCUCGAACUCACGCCGCAGGGCACGCUGGCAGAGCGGUGUGCGGCGGGCGGCAAGGGAAUUCCGGCCUUCUACACGCCGGCGGCGUUCGGCACUGUGGUGCAGACGGGCGAGAUCCCGCUGCGGCACAACGCCGACGGCACCGUGGCGGCGUUCGGCAAGCCGCGUGACGUCAAGGUGUUCAACGGCAAGAGCUACGUGAUGGAGGAGGCCAUCCCGGGCGACUACGCCUUCGUCAAGGCCUACCGGGCCGACAAGCUGGGCAACUGCCAGUUCCGGCUGGCGGCGCACAACUUCAACGGCGCCAUGGGCCGCAACGCCAAGGUCACCAUCGUCGAGGCCGAGCACAUUGUCGAGGUAGGCGAAAUCGACCCCGUCGCCGUGCACCUGCCGGGCAUCUACGUCAAAAAAGUCAUCCAGUCGACCACAGAAAAGAAGAUUGAAAAGUACGUCCAUCGUAAAGAAGAAGGCGCCGACGCCGUCAAGGACAGCCUGGGCAAGGGCGACACCGCGUCCAAGCGCGAGCGCAUCGUCAAGCGCGCCGCAAAGGAGUUCCAGAACGGCAUGUACGCCAACCUGGGCAUCGGCAUGCCCAUGCUGGCCCCGUCCUUCGUCGACCCCUCGGUCGAGGUCCAGCUGCAGUCGGAGAACGGCAUUUUGGGCUUGGGCCCCUACCCCAGGAAAGGCGAGGAGGACCCGGAUCUGAUCAACGCCGGCAAGGAGACCGUCACCCUGCUGCCAGGCGCCUCGUGCUUCGGCUCCGAAGAGUCCUUCGGCAUGAUCCGCUCCGGCCGCAUCAACAUGUCCAUGUUGGGCGCCAUGCAGGUCUCCGCCCGCGGCGACCUCGCCAACUGGAUGUUGCCCGGUAAGGUCAAGGGCUUCGGCGGCGCCAUGGAUCUCGUCUCCAACCCGGAGAAGACAAAGGUCGUCGUCCUCAUGGAACACACCGACAAGAGGGGCAACCCGAAGAUCCUGAAACAGUGCGAAUUCCCUCUCACCGGUAGAGCCUGUGUCAGUCGCAUCAUCACCGAGUUGGCCGUCUUCGACAUCGACUUCACCAAGGGCCUGACUCUCAUCGAGAUCGCCGAAGGCGUGACCGUCGACGAGAUCAAGUCCAAGACCGAAGCGCCGUUCGAGGUCGCCGCCGAUCUCAAGACUUUCUAG